UUGGUAACAUUUUAAAGUUUAAUAAAUAAGUAACAAAAUUGCUUCGCAGUAAAAUUAUUCUAUCAGUAAUGGCAAUAAAAAGCUUGCUAAAACUUUUUACAGUUGCUGUCAAACAGUUAAAUAAUUUAUUAAAUAAUUGUACAAAACUUUCUAAGUUAACUGUCAUACUAGACAAAAUUUAAUUUUACCUGCAGAAUCAAAAUUAUUUCCUUUUUUUCAAUCUCCUCAUGUGCAAAUAAAAUUAUUAAUUUUAUUUGUCGAGUAAAUUACGCAGGCAUGUUUAAAUCUUCAACACAGAAAUGAUAAAGAGAUGAGGCUUUUAUAAUGAUUCUUCAAUAAAGAAGAAUCUCGAUAUAACUCGAUAUAACUCCCCACCAAGUUUCGACGGAAUAACCGGCAAGACUAGGCGGUGAUUCUUUUAUUUCAACGCGUAUAUUCAGAAUGGAUAGACGUGUCUGCUCGCUCUUCGUUCUUUUACUUUGUUCGUUAAUCAAUGCAGGAGAUGUAAUUAGACAGAAAAGGAUCGUGGGUGGUCGCGCGGCCGCGCAACCUCCCGAGGAUGAUCCGGUAGUUUUUGUGAAUAAAAAUGAUCGAUACGCGCGUGUAAUCGGCAGCCGUGAUCCCGACAAAGGUUUCUACACUUUUCGCGGAAUCCGGUUUGGAGAGGCUCCAACGGGUCAGAGCAGAUUUCAGCGAGCUGCACCCGUGUACCUCGAAGGAGAAAUCAACGCUACUACAUGGGGACCUCCUUGCCCGCAGCCGAGCCAUGACGGGAAAAUUAUAGGAAACGAGGACUGUCUGUUCUUGAAUGUCUUCACCCCGGCGCUUCCAGAUUCCGGCGAUGGCUAUCCCGUACUGAUAUGGAUUCAUGGGGGUGGCUUUAGAAGGGGUUCAGCGUGCCAGUACGAAAUGAGACACCUCAUUAAAAAGAAGAUGGUCGUCGUAUCCAUUCAGUAUAGAUUGGGGACGUUAGGAUUUUUGAGUACAGGUACGCCGGAAUUGCCAGGGAAUAACGGCAUGUUCGACAUGAUACUAGCCGUCGAUUGGGUGAAGGAUUACAUACAGUUCUUCGGCGGCAAUCCGAAUAAAGUAGUGGCCUUCGGUCAUGGCACCGGCGCCAGUUCCGCUAUGAUGCUGUCGUUAUCAAAGUUCUGCUUAAACGCUUUUAGCGGAUUGAUCGCUAUGUCGGGUUCAAUUCUGUCUCACUUCGCCGUCGACAAGGAUCCUUCGAAGACCGCUCGAUACGCAGCGCGUGAACGCGGCUGUCCAACGGACGAUGUCCGGCAGAUGGUACGGUGUCUGCGGGAACUGCCAGUGGAACAGUUAAUCGGAGUCGAUUCCGGGCUGGAGAACAUUCGGGCGACCGCACGGGGUUUCGUCUCUAGUUUGUCGAGUCUGCUCGCACCCGGUCCUGUAGUAGAAGGACCCAAUGACGCGAGAUCGCUUCCGAACUUCAUGACCGCGCCACCGGAGGAUUCCCUGAAGCUCGGCGAUUUUCCAGCUGUACCGCUAUUAACGGGAGUUAUGAGCGACGAGACCGGAGGCGCGGUUUUUGGCCGAUACAAGGACGAGGUGCAAGACAAACUGAGGACGGUGCCGAAUUAUUUGACCGGCGAUUUUAUACCGUACCUGCAAAACACCAUUCCGAAUAUGCAGAACGGCUCGCGGCUCGUUCCGCAAGCCUUUCGCGGCUACUUUAAUAUCCUCGGGAGCGACGGCGCGCAGAACACAAUCGGCAAGGUUGCGGAAGCUCUCGGCGAUUCGCUUUACAACGCCCCCGCAUUUCUCACCGUCGAUCAGUGGUCUAAAAAAGCGAAUGCAUUCCUGUACACUUUUGAUCACAAGGGAAAAAGGAAUUACGCUAAAGACUUCCUUGCCGGAUUGCCAAUCGUCGACGCGAAACGAUCAUCAUCGGACGGUAAUAUGAAUCACGGCGAUGAUUUAGGCUUCAUUUUUAAUCGAAAUACGAUUACCGGUGAUAAAAUAAGCGACAGCGGCGUACCCGAUCCAGAGGAUGAACGUGUAACGGAGAUUUUCACAGAUAUGAUAGCAAACUUUGCGAGGAGUGGCACUGUUAGCGUUCCUACUAGUGCACGCCCUACCGAUGGCGCUUGGAUACCAGAGAUAGCUUCAAAAUUCACUGAUGAUACGAACUCGUUUGUUAGCAUCUCGGCUGCUCCGAAAAGCAUGAAUAAUUUUAGAUACUGCGAGAUGGGACUGUGGACCGUCAUGCCAGAACGGUUAAAAUCACCUAUAUGCAGUUUGUACGAGGUGCCUCUUCAAUUAAUAGAACAAGGUGCUAAGGGAACGAUGUCUGCCCUUCAGAAACCAGUCGACGUAUUCAGCGGAAUGAUGCCCAAUCUGAAAUCCGACAAUGCAAACAGAUCGAUGGGUCGGAAUACAGAAGAAUCGAAAAUCGAUAAGAGCGCAACGCAACCGAAAAAAAAUGGUGGAUUGUUAACGGGAGUGCCAUUCCUUGGUUAAAUUACUUUCCACAUAACUCUACGUGUUAUAUAUAUCUUUGUUUUUAAUUAUAAAAUUAUAUUCAAUAUAAAA